AUGUCAACGUCGGUCAAGGCCCCUUCACAGUACAAGCAGCCAUCCCGUAAGGGUAAGAAGGCUUGGCGCAAGAAUGUUGAUGUUACAGAGGUGCAGGAAGGUCUGCGCCAGUUGAAAGAAGACGAAAUUAAAGGGGGUGUUCUCGCAGAGAAGGCGUCCGAAGAACUUUUCACCCUCGACAAGACCGGAGAUGCGCAAGUUCGACAAACAAUUGUCAAAAAACGCAAGCCUCUCAGAGCCGACCAAAUUAUCGCUCAGCGAUCUGCUAUUCCCGCGCUGGACGGACGCAAGCGUGGUAAUCCCAACGUCACAGAUGGAGUGAUUGAGCCUACGUCAAAGAAACACAAGAAGGACUGGGUCAGCCGAAAGGAUUAUCUGCGAUUGAAGCAAGUCGCCAAGGAGGCGAAUCCCAUCAACAAAAAGAGCGGCGACGAGAUUUACGAUCCUUGGGCGGAGGAUGCCGAGGAGCCCACUGUCUACGACGACCCCCAAUUCGAUUUCCUUGAAAAGCCCAAGCCCAAGGUCGCCCCAGAGACCCUGAAGCAUGCACCAAUCUCACUCGCCGCUAAUGGCAAACCCAUUCCAGCCGUCCGUAUGCCCCACGCAGGAACAAGUUAUAACCCAGUGUUCGAAGACUGGGACAAGCUUCUUCAGGAGCACGGCGAGAAGGCCGUUGAGGCUGAGAAACAACGCCUGGCGGAGGAGAAGAAAGAGCAGGAGCGACAGCGGUUGAUCGCCGAGGCCCAGAACGACGAUGGUGAAGUCAAGUCCGAUGACGAGAGUGCUUGGGAGGGCUUUGAGAGUGAAUACGAAAAGCCGGAUUGGCUGAACAAGAAGCGCCCCGAGCGAAAGACCAAGGCUCAGCGCAACAAGAUCAAGCGUCGCAAGGAAGCCGAGAGGCAAGCCAAGUGGCAAGAGCAGCAAGCGAAGAAGGAAGCCCAAGUGGAUCGAAUUCGGGAACUUGCAGAACUUGCCAAGCAAAAGGAAUCGGAGAGUGCGAAUCAGUCCGAUGGUGACGAUUCCGAGGGGGAGGGAGAUGACUUGGCCCUGCGACGGAAGCCAUUCGGUGGCAAGCUUGCGCCUCCCGAAAAGCCACUGGAGCUGGUUCUCCCCGACGAGCUGCAGGAUUCACUUCGUUUGCUCAAGCCCGAGGGUAAUCUCCUGGAUGAUCGAUUCCGUACGCUCAUUGUGCAGGGUAAACUCGAGUCCCGCAAGCCCGUGUCUCAGCCUCGCAAGUCCAAGAAGAAGAUUACGGAGAAGUGGAUGUCGAAGGAUUUCAAGGUUCCUGGGUUUUAA